AUGUCGAAAGGGAGCAAUAAUGAUCCGGUGCCGACAAGCACCGAACAAAUGAAAGAAAUAAUUGCCGAGGAAGUAGGAAAGGCAAUUGAAGGCAGUCUAUCUGGGUUUAUAGACAAGAUUCAAGGUACGGUGUUGUCACUCGUAGAAGAACGAGUUAAAAGGUUGGAGGAUACGGUCAACCUUAUGAAAAACAAAACUGGAGAACGUAAAGGGUGCUCAUACAAAGAAUUCAUGGCGUGUAAACCGCCAAUCUAUAACGGGGAGGUCGACCCGAUAAUUUGCCAAAGAUGGAUAAGCGAUGUUGAAGGAGUGUUUGAACGAACCCAUUGUGACGUAGGUGACUUUGUCGCUUACGGAACGGGUCAAUUGAGAAAUCAAGCUAAGGAUUGGUGGGAUAACAAGAAGAAGGAAAUGGGAGCCGAAGCGGCGAGGGUUAUGACUUGGGACGAGUUUAAGGUACCAUUCCUUAAACACCACAGUCCCAAAGCGGUUAUUAACAGAAUCAAAGAAGAAUUCAUCCAGCUGAGACAAAAGGGUGAAACAAUCGAUAAGAUCACGGGCAUCUUCAUGGAUAAGCUCAGAUUUUGUGACGAGUUAGUCACCACUGAAGAACAAAAGAUAUAUUACUAUUACAACAUGCUGAGUGCUGAAUACCGGGAAUUUAUGACUCCGUCAAAAUACGAGACCCUCACGGAGAUUAUCAACACCGCCCGGGAACGUGAAAUCGAGUUAAAGAAACAAGUGGAAAGAGGUGAGCGAAGGGCACACGAUGUAAAUCCAAGCCCUACAAAGAAAGCCCGAACGGGAGAAUCGGGAAAGAAGGUGGAUGCUAAGGGUGGGUCGCCAAAUUGUAAAGUCUGCGGGAAAGGACACAAGGGGGAAUGUCGAUUCAAAGACUAG